UUAGCUGUGAUUUCUCAUCCUCUUUGAAUAUUGAUGCCAUCGAUUUUUGGAUUCAUGGUUUUAGUUUCGUUAUAUAAACGUGGUUUUUAAAAGGUAAUAUUGAGUGUUUUUGUGAUCUUUGAAUAUUAUUACAGCAUGCAUUCAAGAAACCAUUGGGGAGGGUCGUUUGAAAUGAGCAACAAUGGGGAAGAGGUGGAAAAGAACAAGAAUGAUGAGUGGGAUAGGGCAGCACUGCUUCAAAGCCAAGAUUUGGAUGAGACUCUACAAAGCUGGGUUUUGGAAAGGGUUGAGAAGAGUAAGAAGAAAAGGUAUGUUGACUUUGGUUGCAUAGUGAUGAGCCACAAGGCAUUGAAAUGGAUACUUUCUUCCAUUUUCAUGGCUUUCCUUCUCAUUGCUCUCCCCAUUAUCAUCACCAAAUCUUUGCCCAAACACCAUUCUCCACCUACACCACCAGAUAACUACACCCUUGCUCUCCACAAAGCACUCCUUUUCUUCAAUGCUCAAAAGUCUGGAAGGUUGGGGAAGAGCAAUGGAAUUGCAUGGAGAGGGAAUUCAGGGUUAGAUGAUGGAAAAGACACAGAUGUGAAGGGGGGACUGGUUGGAGGUUACUAUGAUGCAGGGGACAACAUAAAGUUUAACUUUCCCAUGUCUUUUGCCAUGACAAUGCUUAGUUGGAGUGUUCUGGAAUACAAAGAUAAGUACAUGGCUCUGAAUGAGUACCAACACACUAGAGAACUCAUCAAGUGGGGCACUGAUUACUUGCUCUUGACCUUCAACUCUUCUGCCACCAAAAUUAACAAAAUCUAUGCACAAGUUGGUGGGAGUCUCAAUGCUUCUACCACACCAGAUGAUCACAACUGCUGGCAAAGGCCAGAGGACAUGGAUUAUCCACGCCACACCAUAUCCAUAUUUCAAGGUCCUGAUCUUGCAGCUGAAAUGGCAGCAGCUUUAGCUUCAGCCUCUAUACUUUUCCAAGAUGAUCCAUCCUAUUCCAACAAACUCAUCAAGGGUGCACAAACUUUGUUUGACUUUGCCAGAGAUGCUGGUAAGAGGAAGCCUUAUAGCCGUGGAGAGCCCUACAUUGAGCCUUUCUAUAACUCCUCUGGCUACUACGAUGAGUACAUGUGGGGUGCUGCUUGGUUGUACUAUGCAACAGGAAACACUACCUACAUCUCCUUGGCCACCAACCCCUCCAUUUUCAAGAACUCCAAGGCCUAUUUAUUGACUCCUCAAUUCACUGUUUUGAGCUGGGACAACAAGUUACCUGCUGCCAUGUUGUUGCUCACAAGGUUCAGGAUGUUUUUGAAUCCUGGUUACCCCUAUGAGGACAUGCUCAAGAUGUACCACAAUGUUACCAGUCUUACCAUGUGCUCUUAUCUUCAACAAUACAGAGUCUUUAACAGGACUAGAGGGGGUUUGAUCCAACUCAACAAUGGACAACCUCAGUCUCUCCAAUAUGUCGCUAAUGCUGCUUUCCUGGCAUCACUUUUUGCUGACUACAUGCAAGGGAUUGGUGUUCCUGGAUGGUAUUGUGGUUCUACCUAUUUCCCAGUAUCUGCUUUGAAGACAUUUGCAACCUCUCAGGUUGAUUACAUCCUGGGGAAAAAUCCCAUGAAAAUGAGCUACAUAGUGGGGUUUGGAAACAAAUUUCCUAGACAUGUUCAUCACAGAGGAGCAUCCAUACCAAAUGAUCACCAACAUCACUCAUGCACUGGGGGUUGGAAGUGGUUUGAUACUUCCAACCCAAAUCCUAACACCAUCACAGGAGCAAUGGUUGGAGGGCCAGAUCGUUUUGACCGAUUCCAUGACUCCAGAAGAAACUAUAACUUCACUGAGCCAACCUUGGCAGGAAAUGCAGGAAUAGUUGCUGCAUUAAUUUCCUUAACAGGUACCACAGGUAGUAGUGGCGUUGACAGGAACACUAUCUUCUCAGCAAUUCCACCACUUGGGCCACAAAAUCCUCCUCCUCCGCCACCUUGGAAGCCAAUCAAAACAUGAGAUUUCAUUACUUGAACCAUCCAAACUCUGUGUACUCACUAUUAUUCUUAUACUUUCUAUUUUUUCAACUCACUAUUACUACUCUUGCAUGUACAUUCAUAAAUAAAUGACUUGUU